AUGAGCCAUCAAGUCGCUAUUGCAAAGGCUUCAUUCUCAGCGGGAUUGUUAAAUCCUGACCCUACCUCUGUGCCCCGAGAUGAGAUAACCGCCGGUCACACCUUCCUCGAACACGUACUGUCGCAUUGCUCCCAGGCAAACAUCCAGAAAUGCAAAGCAUGGCUGCUCCAACAUGUUGCUUCGUCAUCUAAUAGGGUAGGUGGUUUAGCCAAAUACCUGGCUGCUCUGGCUGCCUCCGAACCAUCACAACCUACUGGGUCCGACACCUCUCCGAAGCGUCGACGUCUCCACAUACUUUAUUUGAUCAAUGAUCUAUUGCACCACACAAAGUACCACCUUGGCACCACUGCAACCUUCUCCACGGUGAGCGGGUCCCUGCAGCUACACAUUGCAGGAUUGGUCGGCCAUGCGGCAGCUUGUGAUCGUCAAAAGAACCCCCGGCACCACCGGCGGCUAGAUGAUCUGCUAGAUAUCUGGUCCGAGCACGGAUACUUUAAUCCCGAACUUGUGGACAAGCUUCGGGAAGUGGUGACCAACUCGGCUUCCACGGGGGCCGCCCCACUCUCCAACGAGGCCGCCAAUGCAGACGCCAAGAAGCCCGGGAAAGACAUACCUUUUGUCGUGCCAUCGACUCAUGGAGACCCAUCAACCCCUUUCUACGAUAUUCCAGCGGGCAAUUUCAUUCCCCAUAUUUUGCCCAGGUCGACAUUGCCCCUCCAGCCCAACUCGGUCAAACCAAUCCAACUUCUACCAGGUCCUGCAGAUGGAAAACUAGUGCAAGUUCUCAAAGACUUUCUCAGCCAUGUGGACAAGAUUGGUGGUCCGGUCGACCUCAAUGACGAGGAUGCAGACAUGGACGAGCUGGGUCAAUCAAUUGUUCGGGAUGAAAUUACAAAAGACAUCCUCGAGGGCGAAACCUACUACGGAUGGACCCGUGCAUUCUGCCAGCAAAUGAAGAAAGCUCCAGCGCGCUCUCGCAGUCCAAGCCAAGCUCGCAGUAGAAGCCCAACUAACUUCAAGCGCCGUCGUUACAGCGACAGCUCCUACAGCCCCGACACAAGAUCCCCGAGUCGAUCACGCUCACAAAAGCGCGAUGUUCGUCGUCGCCACAAUUCGCGAUCAAGAAGCCGUUCUCCUGAUCGCUCACGCGAAAGCUCGUACACGCCUCGAGAACCACACCCCUCUCAUUUCCCUCCUCCUCAUCAGCAACAACCCCAACAGCAGCCUCAAUAUCCCCUCGCACCAAACACCUUCCCCCCUCCCCACAACCCAAACGUCCAGGCCCAUUAUUCCCAGCCAAUGGCUAAUUCCGGAUAUCCUCCCCCACCCCUGCAGAACUACGGUUCUUGGCCCCCCCCACCCCCACACAUGCCGGGUAUGCCCUUCCCUCCACCUGGAUCUAGUGUUCCCCAGUCAGCUUUCCCACCUCCUUAUCAACCCCCGCAGGUGCCAAUGCCACGAGAGCAAGGACAUCCCAUGCCUCCUGGCCGGCAUCACUUCCCUCCACCUUAUUCCGGAGGUCAAGCUGGUGGCGCCUGGGGUCCCCCGGCUGGUCAAGGUGGACGACCAUGGCGAUGA